GACGACAACGAUCUUGUGAAGCUCUCGCCGGCCACGAAAUCUCCACUCCCGACCUCUCAAAACUCCUAAAAUCAGACAUCAUGGCAGUUCAACCGAUUGUUGGCAUGCUCCGUCGGGGCCUCAUCACUGAUCUCGGUAUUGCGCUGGGACUUGGCUUUGCUAUGGGCAACGUUUUCUGGUACGGCUUCCACAUGCCACGCACGCACGCCCGCGACAACUACUACAAGAAUCUCGAGGACGAGCGCGCAUCCCGACAGGGUUGAAGAAAAUGAGGGAAUACGUUGGGAAUGGGCGGAAGGGGGAAUGCGUGGCUCACAGGCCUUUGUGUACAUUGGGGCGAAGGGCCAGGAUGUCGAGUACGAUGCAUAGAAUCUGGGUACCCGGGCGGGUGUUUCGAUACGCAUAGACGAGGCAGACAAUGACAUUGGUUCAUUUAUG